AUGAGUGCCCCACGCAGGCAGGCCUGGUGGAAUGUGCCAGAUUACUUCCACAGCCCACUGGUGUUUUACAUGGAAGAGGACCAGGAAGACUACAUAUUUGGCCCUGAUGAUGAAUACCUUCCCACCCUGGAGGUCCACAGCAACACCUUCAUUCAGCUGGAGAGAUGGUUCACAUCCUUAGGCCAAACCAGAGUCUCUGUGGUGGGACCAUUUAAGGCAAGGCUGUGGGUGAUGAACCUGAUCAGGAAAUUGGGAAGUAAGAAAACUUUCGAACAGACUCAAGGCCAGACGAUGCUACUGCAGAUCCGGAGCCAUCCUCUGACAGAGCAAGACCUGGAGUUUCAUCCAGAAUCAGGGAGCCGGCUUUGGUUUACUAGAAUGAGUGAUACCACUUCUGUGGAAGUUUGUUGUUACUUGAGGUUUCCUUUGACAGUUGUUUGGUUGUUUAGGGUUUCUGUGCAAAUUCUUUCAUAA